AUGGCCGCUUGGAAGAGACAAGGGCGGUAUAGGGGUGUUCAGAGUUCUGGGAUUUUGGAAGAGGAAUCAUGUUCUUAUUCUAGGCUUCCAAACCUCACCCAACGCCGCCUCACUGAUGGCAUCUCUAUUAACUUUAGUGGCCAGUUCUUGGACAAUGAGGAGACCGUCGUUUUCGUCUCCGAAAGGUCCGGUUCUCCUAGGAUCUACCUUUCCAAACCCGAGCUCCUUCCGUCUCCACCCGAAAGCCUGUUCCAUGAUAGUCUUGUUAUCAAGAAUCAACGGGCCUACUUCAUUUCAGCUCAUGAAGAGCCCGAUAAGCUGUUUAAGAGCUGGUUGGCUUUGUACUCGACCCAGCUGGAUGAUAAGAAAGUACGGCGGUUGACAUCGCCUAGUGUGGCUGAUUAUAGCCCGUUCGUUUCUCAAAGCGGGAAGUUUAUCGCUGUGGCUUCAUAUGGGUCUCAUGAUUGGGGCGGUGAAUUUCACGAGCUACAAACGGAUAUUGUUGUUUUUUCGAAAUUCAACCAGAACACCCAAGUUACGGUCUGCCAGCACGGUGGCUGGCCAACCUGGUCGGGUGACUCUACCAUCUAUUUCCACCGCCAAUCAAACGAUGGAUGGUGGAGCAUUUACCGGGUCGAUCUGCCCCAAAAUUCUGACCUCUCCGAAACUCCGUAUUUACUUGUCUGGGUCACCCCAGCUGGUGUCCACUGCUUCACGCCUGCAGCCAUGCAUAGCGCCAAGAAACUUGCCGUGGCCACCCGUCGGAGAGAGAAAAGCUAUCGCCAAAUUGAAAUCUUUGAUGCUGAAUCCAAAUCAUUUUACCCAGUGACAUAA